GCCAAUGAUACACCCUAGCUAGCUACUGAUUCAUUUACUGUUUGCAUAUUAUAUGUGUAUUAUUUGUUGGACAGCCAAUCUUUGGUAAAGAGAAUUUCAAAGUGUUUUAAAUAGCCUAAAGCUAUAAACUCAUUUGGAGAGUUCAGUUUCCCUUUCUCUUUCAGUUCUCAAUGCCUUGUUUCAGUUGCUACUGUUCUGAUUUUAUUAUUGACAUUUCCAUAAUUACUUAUUUCUGCAUGGAUAACUGAGCUUAGCUUGGGCUUACUUUAUUAUCUGUAAGACAUCUAAGUGCUCUCAGUACUCCUUGGCUUUGCUAUAAACAUUGUCAAGAAACAUAUCAAAGUUAAGAAACAUCUUGAUUCUUGAGAAGAAGAGUGAAUUUCAGAAGAACUCUUGUUUGUUUUUCUUUAACUUCAUUUCCUUAUUUCAAUAUUCUUCUGCUCUGCACUAUUGAAUUAUCCAGAGGCUGGCAUAUUUGGUUUAGGCAAAUGAAGAACACUAACAAAACAAGCUUUGCUCUUUUUACUGCAAUUGUUGUGCUUUGCAUGACUAGUAUAUUCUGGUGCAAUGGUCAAGAAACUGAAACAGAAGGAGCUCCAAUGGAGAAAAGAGAGAAAGAGGCUCUCUACUCUGCCAUUCAAGGCUUUGUGGGAAAGGAUUGGAAUGGUUCUGAUCUCUAUCCUGAUCCUUGUGGUUGGACUCCCAUCCAGGGUGUUGCUUGUGAUAUAUAUGAUGGCUACUGGUAUGUCACAACCUUAAACAUUGGUCCAAUUCAUGAGAAUUCUCUUGACUGUGCCCCCAAUAUGCAAUUUAGUCCUCCCCUGUUUGAACUUGGUCACCUCAAAGCUCUCUCAUUUUUCAAUUGCAUGGCACACCAGAGUCAUCAGAUCACAAUUGCUGCACAAAAUUGGAGUGCACUUUCUGGCAGCUUAGAGUCGCUAGAGUUUAGAUCAAACCUGGGGCUUAUCGGACAAAUCCCAGCUGCUUUUGGUGGCCUUACAAGACUCCAAUCUCUGGUGCUGCUGGAGAAUGGUUUGAGUGGUAAUAUACCACCAAAUUUGGGCAACUUACCAAACUUGAAGCGCUUAGUUUUAUCAGGAAACCAGUUAACAGGUCAAGUCCCGGAGAGUUUUGGUGCACUAAGCGAGCUCUUGAUCUUGGACUUGAGUAGAAAUUCACUAUCAGGAACACUACCUUUCACUCUUGGUGGCAUGGAAUCACUACUAAAGUUUGAUUUGAGCAAGAACCAAUUUGUCGGAAAAAUUCCCAACCAAAUUGGAAACCUGAAGAAUCUAACAUUGUUGGAUCUUAGCAACAACAAAUUAUCAGGCGGCCUACCACAAUCAUUCCAAGAACUGAGGUCCUUACAGGAGUUGGUCUUAGCAAGAAACCGCGUUGGUGGAGACAUAAUGAGGCUUAGUUGGCCUAAUCUUCGAAGUCUAAUAAUCCUGGAUUUGUCGAAUAUGGGAUUAACAAGUGAAGUUCCAGAGUCCAUUUCAGAGCUUAAGAACCUGAGAUUCUUGGGUCUAAAUGACAACAAUCUAACAGGUAAACUCCCAUCAAAACUAGCAACUCUUACCAAUAUAAGUGCAAUCUACAUUCAUGGCAAUAAUUUGACAGGAGAGCUCAAGUUCUCCCAAACAUUUUAUGAGAAAAUGGGAAGUCGUUUCGGGGCAUGGGAUAAUCCAGAUCUUUGUUACCAAACUGAUGAAUUAUCAACUAGCAAAGUGCCUUAUGGAGUAAAGGCAUGUCAACAAGAUGUGAAUCUUUAUGGGAAAAAUGUAGGUACAGAUUCCAAGUUAAGGAGUGAUCAAGAUUCCCAAAUGGUGGCCUCUUUGGGAUCCUCAAGAAAUGGAAUGAAUGGGUUUUUGUAUGUUUAUUUGGUAAAGAUGGUGAUGACUGUUGUGUUGUUUAACAUUGCUAUGUAAGGUAAUGUAUUAUGAUGGUAGAUUAGACCAUUUUAAUGUAAAGUAAUUUUAAGUCUUUUUGUUUAUGUUGUCAAUAUGAAAUCUUGAGUUGCUACUAGCAUUUCAAUCAACUUGAGAACACUAGUCCCAAUCACAAGUAGAACUUG